AUGACUGAAGGUCAAAAGACUAGUAUACAGAUACUUGAAUAUCUUGAAGCAGGACUGCCAUUCAACCAUGACCUUUCCGCACCUAUUAGAUUCGCAGCCUUUUUCCAAAAUUGGAGAGAAAUCCCCGUGACCGCUUAUGUUAUCCCAGAAUUCCAAAGAUGGGGUUCUAGCUGCAUAAUUGCGGCGAUCUUGGGAACUGAAGCUGCUACUCUGGUCCAAAUCUCAAAUCUCACACAGAUUGGUGUCGUAUGA